AUGGCGCGCGGUCAAUCGACAAAAAGACGGAGAUUGAGUCCUCCUGCUGAUGGGGGCGACUCUGAACUGUUCACCAACGACGGCGAGUGGGACGUUGAGCAGGAUUACGAGCGACGCCCGCGCAAAACGAACAAAAAAGAAACCGAGCGCACACGUUUGCCCAUCAAAACCUCUGAGGGAUUUGUCCAGGCCAAAGAUGAAGUAGAAGAGCAAGCGGAGGAUAGCGACAGUUUUUUGGGUACCGACGAUGACGAGAUGGAGGAUGGAUCAGGCGAGGAGGAGUCCGAGGAGGAGGAAGAGAAAAAACCCAAGAUUCCCGUGAAGGUGCAGAUCAUGCAAGCGAAGGAAGAUCUCGCCCGGAUGGCUUCCCAAAUCAACGAGGACCCUGAAGAGAAUAUUGCUUUGUUCAAAACCAUGGCCGAGAUGGCAAACAACCCGGACUCACCUCUCACGGUGAAGAAGCUGGCACUGGCCGCCCAGGCCGCGAUCUACAAAGAUGUCAUUCCAGGAUACCGUAUUCGUCCUCUCAGUGAAGAAGAUAAGACUGCGAAGGUGUCGAAGGAUGUGCGCAAGCUCCGAGAUUUCGAGCAGAGCCUUGUGUCUGGAUACAAGAACUACGUCAACACAUUGGCUCUGCUGGCCAAGCCUGGCCGGGGUCACACCAGCGAGAAGGACGCCAGUCUGAAAACCAUGGCCAUUAACUGUGCUUGCACUCUACUCCAGGCUGUGCCCCAUUUCAACUUCCGGACCGAAUUGAUCAAGAUUAUCAUUAACCGACUCGCACGGAGACUGGUAGACCCCGAUAUGGCUAAAUGCCGUGAGACUGUGGAGGAUGUUUUCGCCAAGGAUAUUGACGGCAUUGUCUCUCUGGAGACUGUUCGUCUGCUCUCAAAGAUGAUGAAAGCUCGGGACUUCCGCAUCCACGAAAGUGUUCUGGAUACCUUCCUCCACCUACGUCUACUGGGUGAGUUUACGUUCAAGGCAUCAACGGAACGUGUCGACCGUGAAGAACAGGAGGAACCGACUCGGGGAAAGAAGCCAAAGCAAAAACGCGAAUUUCGUACGAAGAAAGAGCGCAAGGUCAUGAAAGAGCGCAAGGUGGUUGAGAAAGAUAUGAAACAAGCAGAUGCACUCGUCUCGCAUGAGGAGCGUGAUAAGAAUCAAGCCGAGACUUUGAAACUCGUGUUUGGUAACUACUUCCGCAUCUUGAAGCAACGGAUUCCCCACUUGAUGGGUCCCGUUCUUGAGGGUCUGGCCAAGUACGCUCGUCUCAUCAACCAGGACUUCUUCGGAGAUCUGUUGGAAGCCCUGAAGGAUCUUAUUGGACAUGCUGAACGUGAGGAUCAAGGGGAGGAUGAAGAGGAGGACGAGGAAGAGGAUGAAAACAAAGAGGGUGCUAUCUCUGAAGCCGCUAGCCGUGACUCGCGCCGCGAGGCCCUCUUGUGCACAGUCACUGCCUUUGCUCUUCUUGAUGGCCAGGACACCGCCAAGGCUGCAACAACUCUCCACUUGGACCUCAGCUACUUCAUCAAGCACCUCUACCGCUCCCUUUACGCCCUAUCCACCAACCCUGAAGUCGAAUACAAUCCCAAUACCUCCCUGCGUCUCCCAGACCCGAACUCUCCCGAGGAGUCCUCCAGAAUCCGCUCGAAGAACAAGGUUAAUUUCCAGACUCCCAUGGUUUUGCUUCUUCGCUGCCUCCAGUCGACCCUUCUUUCUCGGGCACACGGCAACCCCCCACCGGUCCGACUGGCCAGCUUCUCCAAGCGUCUCAUGACUUCCUCACUUCAACUCCCUGAGAAGUCUGCUCUCGCCACACUCUCGCUUAUGCAACAGGUCUCUAGACACCACGGGCGUCGCAUCUCGCCCCUGUGGCACACUGAUGAGCGUAAGGGUGAUGGUGUGUUCAACGCAUACUCCACUGAUAUUGAGGGCACAAAUGUCUUUGCCGGAUCAGUAUAUGAGGGCGAGUUGUUGCGCCAGCACUACUGUCCUCAGGUCCGCGAUGCAGCCAUUGAUAUUGAAAAGAUGCUGCUUUCUGCCAAAUAG